UCAUAUGUUGAACCUUUUCAGGCUCUCACUUCGUAGCUAACUCUAAAAUAAAACGUUAGUAAACGUUCUUUCUGUCUGCGUGUCGCUGGAGGCUGUUAAACACCGAGGAGUUAAACGUUUACUGCGUCAAAGUUUCAGAUGCAUGAGGUCAGUGAGGUCCACAGCCUGGAUGAUGACAUGGUGGAUGGGGACCUGGGUGACGGGAUGCGAGUCAGAGCAGCGGCCACCUCCCCACGGCUGAAGAGCCAAAGCUUUGCUGGUCUCACAGAGACCCUGCUGUCCAGAACGGAGCUGCUCAGGAACUUCAGUCACGCAGGAGAGGCAGCCUGGAUCCCUGGACUGAAGACACAGCCGAGAGCCCGCUGGAAGCUGCCGCGCUCCAGCUCCCUUGGUGACCUGUCCAAAGACGAGCUUAAAGACAAACUACAGGAAGCAACUCAGGUGAUAGACGCGUUAUGCUGUGAGCUGGAGGUGGCACAGCGGUACCUCGAAGGCAAAUAUGAGGCUCUAAAGAUCUUACAGGGGAAGGCCAUUCUGGACAAAGCCACGAGUCACACCAGGAGUCUGCUGCAGAAGAGUGAGGCAAGGGCCAAAGCUCUGGAGAAGGAGGUGAACAGCCUGCAGUGGGAGCUCAGCUUCAGUCAGGUCCAGAUGAAGAAGUCUCAGCAGUCCUGGGAGCAGAAAUACAACAGGAUGUUGAGUGAGAACAAGACUCUGACUGACAGCCUGGAGGAAAGAGAGAGGGAGGUCCAACAGCUGCGAGCAGAAAACUCCGCUCGGAGUCGGCAGUGCUUAGAGCUCCUCUCUAUGUUGAGUGUGAAGGAGCAGAGAGCUUACCAGGGAACCAAACCUCAGUACAGCCCAGAGAGAGACGCAAGUGUUCUGGAGCUGGCAGUGUUGGGCGCCUGCAGGUGUCCUGGUGUUGCUGAAGCCUGUCCAUGCAGUCGCACUGCUGCUGCCAGCAGGAAGCAGCUCAUUCAGCUGCAACAAGAGCUGGAUGCUCAGCGUGUGAGGAGAGAGGAGGCGCUGAUGGUUGCAGAUGCUUUCCGUAUCGCCUUUGAACAGCAGCUGAGGAAACGCAGUGAGCACUUCCUGCUGUUGGCUGAAGCCAACAUCCUGAAAUCCCAGCACUGCAAGGCUGAAGGUGCUAACAGGAGUCCUUUAAUCAAUGUAAGCCAGAAGUUGAGGGGACUGCUGCCUUCCAAGAUGCCUGAUGAUCUUUUAGAGACUCUCUACAGACUGCUGGACUUGCUGAAUGAUAAGGAGGAGGCCCUGGCCCACCAGAGGAAGGUCAGCAUCAUGUUAGCCCACAAUGCAGAGGAGCUGCAGAAACAGUUGCAUCUGGAUUCAAAUUGCUGCCCAUCAGAUCCAUCAGAGACCCCAAGUCAGUCGCAAAAAACAUCUGACACAUCGGAGUCGAAAAUACAACCGAAAGUCUCAUCAGAGUCCAACAUCCAAACACAGCUACAACAAGAGCUGCCAGAUUCCCCACUUCAGCCAGAACCACCAUCAGAGUCCAGGACUGAACCUCAGGAGCUGAGAGACACAUCACAGUCCAACAUCCAGCCCCUGUCCAACCACGAGAACCACGUGUCUGGAAUCCAAAUAUCAGACCAACCAGAGUCCUAAUCCUCCAACAGGACUGCUCAGACUCCAUGCAAUCAGGGUUGAGGACUUUGUAAGACUUUGAUGGAUCGUCUGUGACGUCCCACAGGAAUUGUGUCUGAAGGAACAGUAUGAAGGCAGAUGAUUUGGCCUGACUGCUCACUGCUGUUCCAGCAGCUUCUGGACUUGAAACACCCAACUGUUGUCCUCAGAGAGGACGACUAGCUGAACUGCGGCUGUGACAUCCAGCCCCAAACACACCGUUUCUACAUCACACCAACGCUUUUUACUACUAGAUUUAAAUCUGGAAAAGCAUACGAAGAAACAAGCAUAGAUGAAUGUCUGUUAUCAUUUUCCCAAACCUUGUGAACAACCUCUCAGGUGUUACUGCAACAUGUUCUCACUCCUAACUCGUCACAUGGUGCCGCUCUGUCAGUGACCCUUUACAUCUACCUGCGACGUUUUGGGUAUCCUUCUGCGUCAGCUGAUUAUGCACCAGGAUGCAGUUACAAUGAUGUCAACAAAUGUGUGUGUGGUGGAAUAAAGCAGCAUGGUUUGGUUUAGGCAAAAGAGGCACAUGUUAAGGUGUAGAUAAAGAAACGCUCACAUCCACACAAGGAGGCCAUCAGGCUGUAGAAGGAGGCCUUUCUGGCUCUAAUGGCCCAGGGGUCUUCUGAAGCAGCAGACAGGUAAUGGUUGGCCAGAAUGGCUGCAGCUGAGGCGGUCGCCAAAACUAAAACUCAGGUGUGGGAGGAGUUUAGGGAGGCCAUGGAGGAGGACUUUCGGUCGGCCUCAAAGAAGUUCUGGCAAAAUGUGAGACGUCUCCAGAAGGGGAAGCAGGGCUUGUUUCAGGGUGUGUUCAGCAUGGGAGGCGAACUGCUGACCUGGACUGGGGAUUUUGUUGAGUGGUGGAAGGAACACUUUGAGGAACUCCCGAACCCUAUUGUCACGUCUUUCGUGGAGGAGGCAGGGUCUUAAGACUUGGGGGAUUCUUCAUCCAUAGCUCUGUCAGAGGUCGCUGAGGUAGUCAAAAUGCUUCUUGGCGGCAGGGCACCAGGUGUGGAUGAGAUUCGCCCUGAGAUGCUGAAGGCUCUGGACAUUGUUGGGCUGACUUGGCUGACACGCCUUUUCAUUGUCGGGUGGAGGUCAGGUACAAGGCCUGUGGAGUAGCAGACCGGGGUGGUGGCUCCCAUUUUUAAAAAAGGGGAAUGGAAAGUGAAAGCCUUGGAGUCCCUCAGCACGGGCUGGAAACGUUGCUGGGGAGAGGGACGUCUGGAAUGUUCUGCUCCACCUGUUGCCCCUGCAAUCCGGCCCCAGAUAAGCGGAAGAAAAUGGAUGGAUGGAUGGGCGUCCGCACAGGAAGUAAACUCUGGUGUCCUGCAUGAAAGUCCUUCAGCAUUUCAUGCAUAGUCAUGCAUUCUCAUCUGACACUGUCCAAAGGUGGCUUUUGG